AUGGGAGUCCAAGUAUCAAAGAUUAUGGGAAAAAUAUUCGGAACGAAGGAGAUGAGGUUACUAAUGUUGGGAUUGGACGCGGCUGGCAAAACGACAAUACUCUACAAGCUCAAGCUUGAUCAAGAUGUUACAACGAUUCCGACAGUCGGUUUUAAUGUGGAAACGGUAACAUACAAGAAUGUCAAGUUCAACGUUUGGGAUGUUGGUGGUCAGGACAAGAUUAGGCCUCUCUGGCGUCACUAUUUCUCCGGAACCCAAGGAUUGAUCUUCGUUAUCGACAGCCACGAUCGUGAUCGGAUCGACGAGGCCCGGCAGGAACUCCACAGGAUCAUCUCUGAUCGUGAAAUGAAGGAGUCCUUACUAUUGGUCUUCGCCAAUAAGCAAGACAUUCCUGGAUGCAUGCCCCCGUCGGAGGUUACUGAGAAACUCCAGUUACACAAACUCAAAGAUAGAGUUUGGUAUGUGGUCCCGAGUUGCGCAACUACUGGUGAGGGUUUGUUUGAAGGAUUGGGUUGGCUAUCCAACAAUGUCAAAACACAAGCUCCAGCUCGCAAAUAA